AAUCUAGAUAGGUCCACUGUUUUGUUCCCUUACUGGCCCCUCCUGAACUCCCUCCCCCACCUGAAGGCCACGCCCCUAUAUCCCUUCCUCCCAAGGCCAGGCCUUUCCUGCCCUUACCCAAACCCAGCUUCAGGAAACUUGCAGGAAGAGACUCCCUUCCCGUCUGGAGAGCAGCUGGGGAGGUGAGGGGGGUGGGACGAGAGAGGACUCUCCGCUGUGACUUCUGCAGGGAGGGGGUGCCAUCCAGAAGCCCUCAAUUUUCCGCUUCCUCAUGCCUCAGUUUACUCCUAGGGCCUGGUAAUAGAAGCCCUGAUGGAAUCAACGGUAGUCCAUCCCUAAGGACCUCAGGAUGGAGGGCAAAGGCAGUGGGGGCUUCCUCUACUAGACUCACCACAGGACUUCCCCUCCAGGUCCUUGGCCCUCAUCCUACAUUGUCCUGGACCCUGGGUGGGUGUGGCCUACAGCCUGGCUAUACACUGCCCUCUGGUGUCCACUAAAGCCAACAACCAGAAGAUGGACAUGGCCUGGAAGAAGCUCAAAACAGUUGUGAGAUCAAAGACCUGUUAUUCCCACAGCAACCACUAGUUCUUCAUUGGCUGCUUCUUUUAGCUUCCUCAGCCCUGUUUAUGCUCCCUUAAGACACUUUCCCACUGUUAAGGGCCAUACCUAGCAAGCGACCCACCAUUUCUGUAUACAGACACUCCUGUAUGUUCCUUAGAUGGUGAGGCCCAGGUCUCACCACAGAACCUUCACUUUCAGUUCUCCCUGGGACAGACCUGCCAGGUCAUCAGAAACAUCUAGACAGUAGCUUUGUUCUUUACAAAAUGACACCUGUAAAAAAAUAAAACGACACCUGUUUAUUCCUUGAGGCAACUGGCACCUCUUUAGGAAUUCUCCUUCCUUCCUGGUUGAAAUACCUGCCUCCCUGAGUACAUAGCCACUUCCUGGGACAUGCCUGUCUAUUCCACAGAUACAUGUGUGUACAUAUAUAUGUGUGUGUGUGUGUAUAUAUAUAUAUAUAUAUAUAUACUUCCUGGAAUAUAUCUAUUUAUUCUCUGAAACACACUUCUCUCAAAACACAUCUGUCUCUCUAGAAACACCUAUCCCUAGGACAUUUUGAGGUUCCACCAUGAGAAUCUUUGCUCUAUUUCCAUAAUACAUCUAUCUUCUCCAAGGAUGUAUCUGUCCUCUUUUUGGCCCAUAUUUGCCUUCAUGCAUCUUACUAAUAUACAACAAAAGCAUGCCGGCGUAAGUCACUGUAAAUGGCCUAUUGUGUUGGGAAGACAAGUUAGUUAAGGCUUGGUUCUGCUUUGAUGUCUUUCAUCUGGCAAGGGAGCUGACCUGUGCACAAAUAAACAAAAACAAUGGAAUGUGUGAUGAGAAUCAUGCAAGGAAUACAAGCCAAAUGUCAUCUGAGUGUUAAGGAAGGAGUCACAUUUAGCUAAGGUGCAGUCGAGGUGAGGUCAUAGGAGGGUGACUGUGGAGUUGGCAUCUGACUAGGCCUUAAACGGAGAGGAAUCUCCUAUGGGAGACAGUAGAAAAAGAGAUGAAUUAGACAAUUAUUGCAAUAACCCAGGUUUGAGAAAACAAGGGCAUGAACCAAACGAGUGCUGAAUGAAGAAACAGAAAAUAAUUUAAAAGUAGGAAAAGGCAAAAUAGGGGAGGGAAUUCAUAGGGUUUCAAUAUGAAGGUGAACAAGAGGAGAGGUUCGAGCUGACUCUGGCUUUGAAUUUGAGUUACUAGGACAAUGAUGGAAGUAAUAAUAUUUAAAGGGCCAUUAAGAGGAGAAGCUGGCUUGAAGAAAAGGAUGUAUAAUAUAACAAUGGAACAAGAUGUAACGAACCAUAGGGAGUUGGAAGUGGGAGUGGUCUUGUUGCUGCAGGUAGUAGAAAAAAGUUGGAGUUAGGAAUACAGGUUUAGGAGUCCCCUGCAGAGAAAUGCCACGUGAAGCCAUGAGAAGGAUGAGAGUUCCCAGAGAGAAGGUGUACUAAAGAAAGCUGACAUCCUUAGAAAACAUGCACACAUAUACAGUGAGGACUAAAGAAUACAAAAGGGAAAGAUCAGAAUCAGCAGAACAAGGAUAAAGCAAAGCCAAUGGACGCAAAGGAGAUGGUGCCCUUUGAGAGAACAUUAUCCACUGAAGGGUUCACUAAUUUAGUCAUUCAACAAAUAUUUAUUGGACACUUCUGUGGACCAGGGACUGUACACAGUAAAGGAUGGACUUCGGUGGGGGAGAUGUUAGAGAUCAGACAGGAAAUUGAGGGUGGUAGAGUCAAGGAAACUACAAAUUUUCAAGUAGGGAUGACCUCAGCAUAUGUAGACUAGAGGAGCCAGGAGAAAGGGAAAAAGAAGGGAAGAUGAUGCACAGACAAGUCCUGGAGGAAACUGGAAAGGAGAGGCAAACAGAUGCCAAAGGGUUGGCCUUGUCAAGGGGGUUCCCUGGCUGUCCAGCCGUUAAGACUCCGCACUCUCACUGCUGAGCUCGGGUUCAAUCUCUGGUCUGGGAACUAAGAUCCCACAAGCUGUGUGGAGUGGGCAAAGGAGUAAAAGUGAAAGAAAUUGAGAGAUGAAUUUGAGUAUGGUGACAGAGAGGAAGGACUAAGAGGUUCACAUGCAUGGCCUCAAUCUCAUAAAAAUAGAAGAGAUGGGCAUUCUGCAGAGAGGCAAGAGACGGGAACUGGUGGAAUGGCUUGAUGUGUGUGGAAAAUUUUGAAAAGUUACCUUAAGGAAUGUGACAGGGAAUCAAUAAAAGACAAAGCAUCACUGGACUGCACUGAUAGAACAACAGUGAGGUCAGUCAGGGAAUCUGAGGCUCAGUCAGAAAGUUCUGGUGAUUUUUUUUUUCCCCUGUCAGUAAUACUCCAGGGCUAAGGCGUGAAAAAAAGAUUGAGGAAUAGGUGGGCAGCGAUCGACAACUCUGGUUUGGAAAAUGAAGAGCAGGGAGGCAGGCAAGGGGACAGAACUGAGUAGUCUAGGCUAGGCAAGAAGUCAUAUAAGACCAAUACGGUCCCUGGACUUGAGACUAGAAAGUAGAGGACAUGGGAGAGGUGAGACAGAGGUGGCUAUGCUCAAAUAUGGCAGCUCUGAAUCAUGGAAGCAGAGCCAUUUCCAGGGAUAAAAGCUACAAAUAAGCUCAUGGGGAAGAUGGAGUCGAAGGACACAGGAAUUGAUGGGAACUGUGAGGGGUUAAGUUAAAAGCGACACAAACGUUAAUAUUAAAAGAAGCCCCGUAUAGUGGAAACAAGCCUAGGCUGGGUUCUGGAGACCUGGGUUCUGUUUGCAGUUCUAACCGUGCCACUUUGGGGAAGUCACUUCCCUCUCUGACAUGGAAUCAGAAGACUUCUCGGGGCCCUUUCUGCUCUAGCCCGUAAGGAUAUGGGAUAAUGGCAAGAAACCGGCUGACGAAGAUCCCUCCGGUCGGGCCUCCUCUCUCCCCAGAGGCUCCCGGAACCUUUUUGCAGCGCUUUCGGUCCGGACGUGCCGGAGCGGAGACCGGAAGUCCUCUGCCGGCGGGUUCCGGGUUUCCUGGGCUACUACGAUGGCGAUGAGUUUCGAGUGGCCGUGGCAGUAUCGCUUCCCACCCUUCUUUACGUUGCAGCCGAACGUGGACACUCGGCAGAAGCAGCUGGCCGCCUGGUGCUCGCUGGUCCUGUCCUUCUGCCGCCUGCACAAACAGUCCAGCAUGACGGUGAUGGAAGCCCAGGAGAGCCCGCUCUUCAACAACGUGAAGCUCCAGCGGAAGCUGCCCGUGGAAUCAAUCCAGGUUGUCUUAGAGGAGCUGAGGAAGAAAGGGAACCUCGAGUGGUUGGAUAAGAACAAGUCUAGCUUCCUGAUCAUGUGGCGGAGGCCAGAAGAAUGGGGGAAGCUCAUCUAUCAGUGGGUCACCACCAGUCCUGAACAUUCCCAAGAGAGAGAGGAGGGGAAGAAGCAUCAACAACCCAAAUAUAACAAAUACACACCACCCAUUCCUGAACAGGAAAACAACCAGGAUGAGAGGUUUCCAAGAGUGGCCAGAACAACUCCGUGUUCACCCUGUAUGAACUGACCAAUGGGGAAGACACAGAGGAUGAGGAGUUCCACGGGCUGGAUGAGGCAACCCUACUGCGGGCUCUGCAAGCCCUCCAGCAGGAGCACAAGGCCGAGAUCAUCACCGUCAGCGAUGGCCGAGGUGUCAAGUUCUUCUAGCAGAGACCUGUGUCCCUUUACUUAUUACCUCCUACCCUGCCAGGGCUUUCAAAGGGAGACAGACCAAGUGUCUCCACAGACUGGAUCUAUGACUCCACCUGACUCAAAAGGGCUCUAGUCCACGGGUGGGUUUCCUAAUUAUCCCAUUUGUCUGUCCCUGGGAUCCAGUGAGGCUGAGGUGCCAGGGAGGGAAGAUGUGCUUCUCCUUGUCCCACCUCUCCUGAGCCAGGGUCUGAAACCCAACACUUCACUUGUGUCAUACACGUAAGUACACACACACAUGGCCUGCACAAGCUUCUGUCUCUUUCCCCACCCCCACCCUCCACCCCCUUAGCUGCUACUGCCUGCUCUCUCAGGCUGGUGCUGGAUCAUUCCUAGGGGAUGGGCGAAGCCCUGGCUGCAGGCAGCCCUCCAGGCAGUGUGAAGAUAGAAGGCCCAGGAGGGGGCCUGGCAACGAGAGCUGGGACCCAACACUGAUUUAUGAUUAUUAAAAAGCUUAACCCCA